CGGAAGUGCUGCACCAGCCGCCGCUGGGGCUGGCGGUGCGCCCAGAUCUCCCUUCCCCGGGCAGAGAUGGCCGCUGCUGGGGCGCUCCUGGCCUGGUGCAUCCAGCAGCUGCGCGGCGACUUCGGGCUGGAUGUCAGCGAGGAGAUCGUGGGGUACAUCUUGUCAAUUGAAAAUGAGGAGGAGAUCCGAGAGUAUGUAAUUGACCUCAUCCAGGGGACAGAUGGGAAGAAGAGUCAGUUUAUAGAAGAGCUGGUAACCCGAUGGAGAAAGUCCUCUCAGCCGGCUUCCGACCCUUUGCCAGUGUAUAGAAAAAGAGACGAGAUUUCAGAUGUGCAUCGGGCUGGAGACCAAGGCAAGAGAGGGAGACGCAAAGGAAGGAACAAGCAAGAAACAUCUCUGUAUGCUGAGCCCAACCUACCUGCAGAGGAAGUAAAAACACCCCUUGAUCUGGCCAAGGCACAGGAGAUGGGCAGUGGUGGCAGUGCCAGCAGUACCUCCAAGAAAAAGGCCAAAUUCGUCAACCUAUACACCAAGGAGGGGCAGGACAAACUGGCGGUCCUGAUCCCUGGACGCCACUCCUGUGAGUGCCUGGGCCAGAAGCACAAACUCAUCAGUAACUGUUUGACCUGUGGUCGUAUUGUCUGCGAACAGGAGGGCUCCGGCCCCUGCUUAUUUUGUAGUACACUGGUGUGCACGAAGGAAGAGCAGGACAUUCUGCAGCGUGACUCGAACAAGAGCCAGAAGUUGCUGAAGAAGCUCAUGGCAGGUACUGAGAGUUCUGGGCAGAUGGAGAUCCUCAGCAAGGACCUGCUGCCUCGUCAGGAAGCUCGGCUUAAGACAGGUCUGGAGUUGGCUGUGAAACACAAAGACAAGUUGCUGGAAUUUGACAGAAUGAGUGUGCGCCGUACCCAAGUCAUCGAUGACGAGUCGGAUUACUUUGCUACAGACUCCAACCAGUGGCUGUCCAAACAAGAGCGCGAGGCGCUGCAGAAGAGAGAGGAGGAGCUGCGAGAGCUGCGCCACGCUUCUCGACUUGCCAGAAAAAUCACCAUUGACUUUGCUGGCAGGCAGAUCUUGGAGGAGCAGGACAGCAUGGCUGAAUAUCACAGCAAGUUGGAUGAAACGUUAGAUGCCAUUAACUGUGGCACAUUAAGCAAGCCGUUGAGGAGCCCCGAGGGGAAGUUUGAAGAGAGCUCUGGGGUUCUGGUGAAUCCCCACCUUCUCCAGCCUGCCCCCUUGUGGGUAGACCAGACUGGAUUGCUCCUGCACAGAAAAACUGCCCAUUCUGCAGAAACUGGGCAUGAGUCUGCCUCCGAAAGGAACAGGUUACGGAUUCAGGAUCGAGAAUUACAGGAGAUCUCAGAUGAUGGCUGGUGUCUCAGCAUGCACCAGCCUUGGGCUUCCUUGCUGGUAAAAGGAAUCAAAAGGGUGGAGGGCAGGACCUGGUACACAUCCCACAGAGGACGGCUGUGGAUAGCAGCGACUGCUAAAAGACCAUCCCCUCAAGAAAUCUCUGAGCUAGAGGCCACCUACAGAAUGCUGCUCCGGGAAGAUGUGGAAUUUCCCAGAGAUUAUCCUUCUGGGUGCCUCCUGGGUUGCGUGGACUUGACUGAUUGUCUAUCACAAGAACAAUUCAAGGAGCAGCUUUGCAGUUCACCUUCUAAACAUCAGUGCAACUGGACUGCGUCCAGACAGAGCUUCAGUGGAUUCCCUUUCUUGUAUCCGGAGUUGAGCCAGGAGUCUGGGUCUCCGUUUGUCUAUGUCUGCACUAAUCCCCAGGAGAUGAUCGUGAAGUUUCCCAUCAAAGGAAAACACAAAAUCUGGAAACUGGAUUCAAAGAUUCAUCAGGGAGCAAAGAAGGGGUUAAUGAAGCAGAAGGCGAUUGUUUGAGCUCCCACCCACCAGGAGCCCAGCCCAGCUGCUCUUCCUGGGGCCUUUGGGACAGUGGAGGUGGAAGGUUCUGAAAGGCAGGUGCUUCCAGGGGGACUGAGAGCAUUGUUAUAAUAUCUGACUAUUGUAUUCCGAAGCCAUUAAACGAGGAGAGCUUUGUGCCUCGCUCUCUGCGGGCACAGAGCCCAGCCAGUCUGGCA